AUGGCCACGUACAAAGUCAAGGUGGCCACUGGUACUGAUCUCUUGUCAGGAACGACGGACUCCAUCUCCCUGACCAUCGUGGGGACCCAAGGAGAGAGCCAUAAGCAGCUGCUGAACCACUUUGGGAGAGACUUUGCAACUGGAGCGGUGGAUGAGUAUACUGUCCAGUGCCAGCAGGACCUCGGGGAGCUCAUCAUCAUCCGUCUGCACAAGGAGCGCUACUCCUUCUUUCCCAAGAACUCCUGGUACUGCAACUACGUGCAGAUCUCUGCGCCCAAUGGCCACACCUACCACUUCCCUGCCUACCAGUGGAUGGAUGGCUACGAGACCCUGGCACUCCGGGAGGCUACAGGAAAGACAAGAGCAGACGACAAGCUCCCCAUCCUUCUGGAGCACCGACAGGAGGAGAUCAGAGCCAAGCAGGACUUCUACCACUGGAGGGUCUUCCUUCCCGGCCUGCCCAAUUACGUGCAUAUCCCCAGUUACCGCCCUCCUGUACGGAGAAACCCCAACCGGCCUGAGUGGAAUGGAUAUAUCCCGGGAUUCCCGAUUCUCAUCAACAUUAAGGCCACCAAGUUCCUGAACUCAAAUCUCCGCUACUCCUUCCUGAAGACCGCCUCCUUCUUCAUGCGCCUGGGGCCCAUGGCACUGGGGUUGAAACUCCGCGGUCUGGUGGACUGCGAACGGUCGUGGAAGAGACUGAAGGACAUUAAGAAAGUUUUCCCUUCCAACAAGUCUGUCAUCUCCGAGUACGUGGCCGAGCACUGGGCAGAGGACAGCUUCUUUGGGUACCAGUACCUCAAUGGUAUCAACCCAGGCCUGCUCCGCCGCUGCACGCGGAUCCCAGAUAAGUUCCCCGUCACAGAAGACAUGGUGGCCCCGUUCCUGGGCGAGGGAACGUGCCUGCAAGCCGAGCUGGAGAAGGGGAACAUUUACCUGGCAGACUACCGCAUCUUGGAGGGCAUCCCCACCGUUGAGCUCAACGGCCAGAAGCAGCACCACUGCGCCCCCGUCUGCCUACUGCACUUUGGCCCGGAAGGGAACAUGAUGCCCAUCGCCAUCCAGCUCAGCCAGACCCCAGGGCCCGACUGCCCCAUUUUCCUGCCCAGUGACUCAGAGUGGGACUGGCUGCUGGCUAAGACGUGGGUGCGCUAUGCCGAGUUCUACUGCCACGAGGCCAUCUCCCACCUGCUGGAGACCCACCUCAUCGCUGAGGCCUUCUGCCUGGCCAUGCUGAGGCAGCUACCCAUGUGUCACCCCCUCUACAAGCUCCUUGUCCCCCACACCCGAUACACCAUCCAGAUCAACAGCAUCGGGCGGGCCCUCCUCCUCAAUGAGGGGGGACUCUCUGCCAGGGCCAUGUCCCUGGGCCUGGAGGGCUUUGCUGAGGUGAUGGUGCGGGCUCUGUCAGAGACCACCUAUGACAGUCUCUACCUCCCCAACGACUUUGUGGAGCGUGGGGUUCAGAACCUGCCAGGAUACUAUUACCGUGAUGACUCCUUGGCAGUGUGGGAUGCGCUGGAGAGGUACGUGACAGAGAUCAUCACCUACUAUUACCCAUGUGACGCGGCCGUGGAGGGUGACCUGGAAUUGCAGUCCUGGGUGCGGGAGAUAUUCAAGGAGUGCCUACUAGGGCGUGAAAGCUCAGGUUUUCCCACGUGCUUGCGAACGGUGCCCGAGCUGAUCCGAUAUGUCACCAUUGUCAUCUACACCUGCUCUGCCAAGCACGCAGCUGUCAACACAGGGCAGCUGGAGUUCACCGCCUGGAUGCCUAACUUCCCGUCAUCCAUGCGGAACCCCCCGAUUCGGGCCAAGGGGCUGACCACUCUGGAGACCUUCAUGGACACGUUGCCGGAUGUGAAGACCACGUGCAUCACCCUACUGGUGUUCUGGACACUCAGCCAGGAACCUGACGACAAGCGGCGCCUGGGCCACUUCCCUGACAUCCACUUCGUGGAGGAAGUCCCACGGAGGAGCAUGGAGACCCUCCGCCAGCGCCUGGCCCAGAUCUCGCACAACAUUCGCCAGCGCAACAAGUGCCUCCCCAUCCCCUACUACUACCUGGACCCGGUGCUGAUUGAGAACAGCAUUUCCAUCUAGGACGGCCCUUCCCGCCUCGCCUCUGCCCGCCCUGCGCCCGCCUCUUUUCCAAAAACACCGCUUCAAACGCAA